AUGAAUCGGACCCAGAUCCCUUCGGCAGAGACCGAGCCCCACGGGGUCAGGCCCCACAUCUGCUGUGCGCCCCCUCCCCGCGCCCCCACCUCUCUGGGCAGUCCCACGGUCCUGGUCAGAGCCAAGCCCCGACGGGGCAGCCCCCGGGCGGGCCGGCCCGCCGACAGCGAGCCCUGCGCGGAGGAGCGGAGCGGAGCCGAUCCCCGGGAUAUCACCGAGCCCUGCCCGUCGGAGCCAGCCCCCGACGGCGGCUGGCUCAGCGCCGACGAGUCCUCGGGCUACGAGAGCGAGAGCGCAGGAGGCGAGCGCGGCGGGGCCCGCGGGCGGCAGCGGCGGGCGCGCACCGCCUUCACCUCGGAGCAGGUCUGCCGCCUGGAGAAAACCUUCCAGCGCCACAAGUACCUGGGCGCCACGGAGCGGAGGAAGCUGGCGGCUGCCUUGCAGCUCUCGGAGAUCCAGAUUAAGACCUGGUUUCAGAACCGGAGGAUGAAACUGAAGAGACAGAUACAGGACCACCAGCACAGCCUCGUGUCCCCUGUUCCAGUCCUCAGCUACGCCCCGGGGACCUCACCAGCUCUGUUUCAGGAUGGUCUCCACUACCCCUUUGCUGCCCAGCACCAGAGACUCCUGCCUUUUACCCCGAUGCCUGCUGUGCAGUUCAGCUUCUCCUUUCCCAGAUAUGAUGCAUCACAAAGCACCUACCACUUUAUGGCAAAUGAACUGUCCUACUACCAUCAACACCUUCUUCCUCAUCCUUCUUUCCAUCCAGUUAUGCAGAACAAAAUGGACAGUCAAUGCCACCCUGUAUAUGCAUUAUAA